AUGUGUCCGGGAGUCACUUCAAUGUCCAUUACCAAUACGUCCGAUUUUGGUCAAUUGAGCGGCGACACGAUUACCAUCCGCGUGCCGGAUGCGGCUGUCAAGCCUGCGGCGGUCGCCGUUGCUUCCGCACCGCUACAUCAAGCUCAAGCGCCGCUCGUUUCACCAGCAGACCCUCAGACUGGGACUGCACCAACACAGGACGCGAAAAAAGCAAUCGCCAGGCCGACAAGCAUUGGCGAGGGAUGGUACAUUAAUACUGAUCGCUGGCUGGCCAAGACCGACGGCGAGAAUCCGACGAACAAAGCAACGACUUCUGUAGCCUACUGCUUCUGCUCAGAAGGCGACGUGUGCUGCAACUCGUCCCACGGCGUGCAAUGCGAUUACGGCAUCUGCGGCAUCUAA